AUGCCCCAACAACGAGAACAUUCGGUGGAAACUAUUCGCAGAAACAGCGAGGUGAUGGGCAACCUUCGAAAACUCAUGGUUGUCAAUCGUGGUGAAAUUGCCAUCCGUGUAUUCCGUACAGCGCAUGAACUUUCCAUGAGAACCGUGGCCAUCUUCUCGUACGAAGAUCGGUUAUCGAUGCAUCGAUACAAGGCCGAUGAAUCAUAUCAAAUUGGUCAAGUCGGUCAGUUCACACCUGUCGCUGCGUAUUUGGCACAAGAUGAAAUUGUGAGAAUUGCCAAGGAACGAGGUGUUUCCAUGAUUCAUCCUGGUUACGGUUUCAUGAGCGAGAACGCCGAGUUUGCUCGCAAGGUCGAAGCAGCCGGUAUCACGUUUAUUGGUCCCUCCGCCGACGUCAUUGAUAGCUUGGGUGACAAAACAAAAGCGCGCCAAAUUGCCAUGGAGUGUGAAGUCCCUGUCGUACCUGGUACGCCCGGUCCCGUCAGCGAUUUCCAACAGUGCAAGGCCUUCAUUGAAGAACAUGGGUUCCCUAUCAUUAUCAAGGCAGCGAUGGGUGGUGGUGGUCGUGGUAUGCGUGUUGUCCGUGACGCUGCAUCGCUUGAAGACUCGUUUAACCGAGCCAAAUCCGAGGCUCUGAGUGCGUUCGGUGACGGUACCGUGUUUAUUGAACGUUUCCUGGACAGACCCCGUCACAUUGAAGUUCAGAUCCUGGCUGAUCGAGCGGGCAAUGUGGUCCAUUUGUUUGAACGUGACUGUUCCGUCCAACGUCGACAUCAAAAGGUGGUCGAGAUCGCUCCUGCCAAGAACCUCGACCAGCGUGUACGUGAGGCCAUCCUCAACGAUGCUAUCAAGAUUGCCAAGCAAGUCAAGUACAAGAAUGCCGGUACAGCCGAGUUCUUGGUCGAUGCUCAGAACCGCCAUUACUUUAUUGAAAUCAAUCCCCGUAUUCAAGUCGAACACACCAUCACUGAAGAAAUUACUGGUAUUGAUAUCGUAGCCGCGCAGAUUCAAAUCGCCGCCGGUGCUUUAUUACCACAGUUGGGUCUUACGCAACAACGUAUUCGUCAACGUGGUUACGCGAUUCAGUGCCGUAUCACCACCGAAGAUCCUGAAAAGAACUUCCAGCCUGAUACCGGUAAAAUUGAAGUGUACCGUUCGUCGGGUGGUAACGGUGUCCGUCUGGACGGUGGUGCAGGUUAUGCCGGUGCUAUCAUCACGCCUCAUUAUGACUCAUUGCUUGUCAAGUGCACAUGUUCCGGAAGCACUUACGAAGUCGCCCGUCGUAAACUGGUGCGUGCGCUCGUGGAAUUCCGUAUCCGUGGUGUCAAGACCAAUAUUCCCUUCUUGCAACGCUUACUGACCCAUGAUACCUUCAUGACCGGAAACUGCUGGACGACCUUUAUCGAUGAUACACCUGAUCUCUUCCGCUUGGUCCAAUAUCAGAACCGUGCUCAGCGCUUACUUGGUUAUCUCGGUGACGUGGUCGUCAAUGGUUCGCAAAUCAAAGGUCAAGUGGGCGAGCCUUCCUACAAGAGCGAAAUUGAAAUCCCCGUAUUACGUAAUCAUGGAAAGAGCAUGGAUGUGUCCGCCCCAUCCACCGAAGGUUGGCGCAAGAUUAUUGUGGAACAAGGUCCGGAAGCAUUUGCAAAGGCGGUGCGUGCUUACCCUGGUGUCUUGAUCAUGGAUACUACCUGGCGUGAUGCUCAUCAGAGCUUGUUGGCUACUCGUGUGCGAACCGUGGAUUUGCUCCGUAUUGCUCCUGCAACAUCACAUGCUUUGGCGAACGCGUUCUCUUUGGAAUGCUGGGGUGGUGCUACCUUUGACGUGGCAAUGCGAUUCUUGUACGAGGAUCCGUGGGAUCGUUUGAUGAAGUUGCGCCAGGCUGUUCCCAACAUUCCGUUCCAGAUGUUGCUGCGUGGUGCCAACGCCGUGGGAUACACUUCGUACCCUGACAACGUGGUCUAUGAAUUCUGUGACAAGGCGGUUAAGGCUGGCAUGGAUAUCUUCCGUAUCUUUGAUUCUCUCAACUAUGUGGAAAACAUGAAAUUGGGUAUUGACGCUGUGAAGAAGGCCGGGGGUGUGGUUGAAGCGACCAUUUGUUACACCGGUGACGUCUCCAACCCUGAGAAGAAGAAGUACGAUCUCGAUUACUAUAUGAAACUUACUCAGGAACUCGUGGACGAAGGCAUUCACAUCCUUGGUAUCAAGGAUAUGGCCGGUCUGCUCAAGCCUAACGCUGCCAAGAAACUCAUUGGUGCCAUCCGCCAGAAAUUCCCCGAUUUACCCAUCCAUGUCCAUACCCACGACACAGCCGGUACCGGUGUAGCGUCGAUGAUGGCCGCGGCCGAGGCAGGUGCCGAUGUGGUGGACGUUGCCAUUGAUUCCAUGUCCGGUAUGACCUCGCAGCCUGCGAUGGGUGCUCUGGUGGCGGGUCUGGAACAGACCAAUUUGGGUACCGGUAUUCGCAUGGAAGAUAUUCAAGCCAUCAACUCGUACUGGGAACAAUGCCGUCUUCUGUACUCUUGCUUUGAAGCGAACGUGAAAUCGGCCGAUUCUGGUGUGUACGAUCACGAAAUGCCCGGCGGUCAGUACACCAACUUGAUGUUCCAAGCCCAGCAACUUGGUUUGGGUACCCAGUGGAAGCAGAUCAAGAAGGCUUACCAAGAAGCCAACGCAUUGUGUGGUGAUCUUGUCAAGGUCACACCUUCCAGCAAGGUCGUGGGUGAUAUGGCCCAGUUCAUGGUCUCCAACAACCUGACAGGUCAGGAUGUGAUUGAACGAGCUUCCAAUCUCUCGUUCCCUACCUCUGUUGUCGAAUUUUUCCAGGGUUAUCUCGGUCAACCCUAUGGCGGAUUCCCGGAACCUUUGCGUAGCCAAAUCAUUCGUGAUUUGCCCCGUAUUGACGGCCGUCCCGGUGCUACUUUGCCUCCUCUGGACAUGACCCAGUUGAAGGAAGAACUCAUUGAGAAGUACGGCAAGGAUAUCCGUGACUAUGAUGUCAUUAGCGCUGCUCUGUAUCCUAAAGUAUUUGCCGAAUACCGCGAUAUGGUGAGCCAGUACGGUGAUCUGUCGGUGGUGCCUACGCGCUACUUUGUUGCCAAGCCCGAAAUUGGUGAAGAAUUCCAUGUGGAAAUUGAAGAAGGAAAGACCUUGAUUAUCAAGCUGCUCGCGGUUGGUCCUAUCAAUAACACCGGCAAACGCGAUGUGUACUUUGAACUGAACGGUGAAGCCCGUGUGGUGGGUAUCACGGACAAGAACGCCGCCGUGGAAAUGGUGACACGUGAAAAGGCCAACCUUUCCAAGCCGGGUGAUGUUCCUGCUCCCAUGUCCGGCGUGGUAAUUGAAGUCCGUGCCAAGGAAGGUGCGCAUAUCAAGGCUGGUGACCCUGUUUGUGUACUCAGUGCCAUGAAGAUGGAGACCAUGGUCAAUGCGACGGUCUCUGGCAAAGUGGAAUUAGUUCCCAUCCAAGAAGGCGAUUCCUUGUCUUCGGGUGACUUGGUAGCUAGAAUUGUCAAGGACGCAUAA